AUGUCUUCUGCAGGAGAGGCCCGUUUCUACAUCGUCUACUCGCCGAAAGACAUAACCGAGCGCAACCCCAGUCUGACGAGCAGUCAGAAGACUUUUGGAAAAAAUCUGGCCUGUCUUCGGACCCUUAACGACAUCACCGUCCUCAACAGCACGGCUGCACCAGGCGAGGGGUUCGAGAACCGGGAACCGUUCGUGACCGAGAUCUCCGACGGUUCCAAGACGUUCCACCCCGUGGCCUCGCUGCCUGCCACCUAUCCACUCCUCUCCCACAUCACGGCAUCCGUCGGCAUCUUUGACGAUUUCCUUGCGGUUAGCGAAAGGAUGACGGAGCUGCACGACUUUGACUGGGCUCAUGUCGACGAGGGUAAGCGCGCAGGCGUCACGAUAUUCCGCUGCCGCGACGAGAAGUGCAGGCGUCAGCCGCACUUAUUCAUGACCAAGGAACCGACGCUCUUCAUUGAAGCACAGGAGAAGCCUUAUGUCACCCUUGGCGAAGCCGUAUGUGCCAUCGACGAGUGGCUUCUUGUCUUGCAGAAGGAGAUCCUUAUCGCCGAGACCGGGCUAUGGGGAUGGCGAUAA